UCUAUUGUGUUUAUAAGACUUUUUCUGUUCAGCAGUGCUGUUCCCAUAGGCAGGUAAAAUCUCCAGCUGCAAUCAAAUCCCUUAAGCCACCAGGAAACAGCUAAACUGGUUCCCAUCCCUUUAAAAAGGCCCAAAAUACAUUAUUUUUUCACAUAUACGCAACACAUUGUGGCUCUGAAUGCAUCUGGGACUUGCUCCGCUGCUAAAUCAACUGGCCACGAGGAUCAUGCCGUCUCUUUUCCUGGUUGCGUUCUUGCUUCUCUGCACCUUAACCCCAGGGCACAGCCAUGCAAGAGACACCCUGAAGUGCCACGAAGACAAAGGGACCUGCCACCCCACUCUCUGCCCUGCACAGAAGAUUGAAAAGGGGAGCUGCUACGAUGGCAUUCAUCUCUGUUGUGUUGAUUGUCCUUCUCACUUCCUCUCCUAUGAAGGCAACGGGGGGUUCUCUACACCCAGAUUUGGCCUGCGUGCCUCCAUCAAACUCCUCCUUAGCCUCUGAGGUGGGAAAAGUUUGGAAAUGUUGUGAGGAGAAGACUCCAAGUUCUGAAGAGACUGCAG